AAUUCGUGUCUCUCUAAAUCGCGAUAUGCUUAUCGUUCGUAUUUUCCGGGAGCACCGUCGGUCUCCGCAACAUCGGCACGUGUUACUUAUAUUGCGGACGCGAAUAGAUUCUUUCUCUUUUUCUCGCGAGAUUCAGCCAAAGAAUGUCCGAUUCAGUGAUUCGCUAUUCGCUCGCGGAUGUCGCAAAAUGCAACGGCAAGAAUGGAACAAAAACCUGGAUCGUGAUCUACGACAAUGUUUACGACGUAACGGAUUAUAUGCAACAGCAUCCCGGUGGUCCAGAAUUACUUGAGGAAUACGCGGGAAAAGAUGCAACGAGUGGAUUUGAUGAUUUCGGACAUUCUUCAGAUGCAAAGAAGAUGCUCAAAAAGUAUUUGAUUGGUGAACUUCAAGAUGAAGAUAAAAGUGUCAACAGAAAGAAGAAGCGUGCUAUUUCUAACGGAAUAACAGAAAAUGGAGCGAAUAGGCAAAAACAAAGAACUUUUUUAGCAAUAAUCUGCGGCAA